AUGUUUGCAUACCUAGAUUGGCACACAGGACUGCGCGCCCAACUGCCUAAUAGCCCAAAUCGGCACCUAGAAUCGCCUACACACCCAAAUUGGCGCCCAGGACCACAUGCCCAGUUGCCUGAUCGCCCAGUGGCAUCGAGACGGAGCAGUGAAGAACUUAUAUUUGGAGGCACAGUGGCUGUCAAUGGGUCUCUGUGCAAUAUACCUCAGACUAAAGUUGAUCCCGCAAGGGAUAUGAUAUACGUCAAUGGGAACCGCCUUCCUAAGAAACUGCCUCCAAAAGUCUAUCUUGCUUUGAACAAGCCAAAAGGAUACAUAUGUUCAUCUGGGGAGAAGGAGACCAAACCAGUGAUAUCAUUAUUUGAAGAGUUGGGAAUUGAUGAUCUUUUGCGGCUUUCCAGUUUUGGAAUGACACAUUAUUGUUGCUUUAUCUGUUUAUUCAAUCACCGUCAUGAUAACAACAAUGUUCUGAUGCUCCAUCUUCUCCUCAAUGACUUGCGUCUUCAUAUUUUUGGUUGUAGAUACAUUGCAACUAUAGAUGGUUUAGUCAAUAAGCGGCACUUAAUAGCCAUCAGUGAGGGAACCGUUAUCGAAGGUGUCCAUUGCACACCAGAUGUUGUGGAGCUACUUCCGCGGCAACCAGAUGUAUCAAGACCUUGA